AUGACCGCUCCCGAAGAUCUGGUGACCUCUCAACACGCGGAGGAAACCAGCUCGCGAUCUGACUUUGAUGCGGAAUCGCACGACGAAGACUUCGACGCAGAAGCUGAAAAUGGCCGCGUGAAGGUGACUUCCAGCCGAGAACGAAGAAGCGCCAGCUGCAAAAAGUCUUCAGCUGCUUCGCUCAUUCCAAACGCCUUGUACGCAGAGGACGGAGAUGGCGACGAUGAUUCGUCGGAGGCAUCUGACGCGAACCAGGCGAAGUCCACCUUGUCCGCAGCGGUUUCGCACGCUUCCGCGGCAGGCAGCAGGCACAGUGAUGGCUCGCUUGCGAGUUUCUCGCGGUCUCAUGGCUCUCGAGCGGCGUCCUCGAUUCUGAAAAAGACGUCGACAGCCACCGCCAGCCGGCGGUCAUCCAAGCUGUCGGUGCGCUUCGGCCGGGAGGCCGAGGACGACGCGCGUGAGCAGAGACAGCCGAUCGCGCGCGGGGCCUCCGCGCACGCCGACGUGGUCUCGGCGCUCGCGGACGUCGUGCAAGACUAUAGAGAAAGUCCGCCGGCAGACGGAGAAGCGUCUCCACGCAACUCGAACGUAGUGUCGGAGUCGCAGCGCGCCGCGCAGCGACGCACCGAAAGCGCGAAAGAGUCUAUCAAAACUAUAGACUCGACGCUCCAGUCUCUCGUCGUCAGCAAGGCAAGCACGAGCGCCACCCGACGCAGCAGCGGUGGCGCGCCGCUCAGCUCAAACUCGGGGUCUGCGCUCUCGGCGCAGGCGAGACAAAUGCGCAAACGCCGACUUGGUUUGACAGUCGGAGUUGUCAUCGCGGUGCUCCUGCUGAGUGUGGCGCUCGUGUUGCUUGCGAACAUGACGGCAAACCAGAAGCUGUUGAUGACGGAGACCGAAAAACUCGUUGAGUCGUGCGAGACUUCCCAGUGGUCAGAGUGGACGGCCUGCACGCCGCUCUGCAGCGCAGGGUACUCCACCCGACGCAGGAUAAUUACUGUGCUGGGCGCCGACCCGGCGCUUUGCCCCAGUCUCGUGGAGCGGCGCGAGUGCGUCGCAGAGUGUCGCGCUUUCGCCAUUGCUCGUCCCACCACGGAGAGACUCACAGACCAGCAAAUCGCGAAUUUUCCUGCCUGCUACGGCGAUUUGAGGAAAGCCAUUGAAGAGGCGCUCGACCUUGGAAGAGACCGGUCCUCCAUCACGUCGAUGCGAACCGACUUGUCCACCGGAUCAAAGUUUUGGCAGCUCGAGUUCGUCCUCUAUCCCGACGGCAACGGGGCCGCAGAGACUUAUGACGCAGACCCGAACCGUUUCGCUGAAGACGUAGUCCGAAAAGUCUUCGCCGCACUCCAGGGGACUCCGACGACGCUCGCGCGGUUGAUUUCGCACUGCAUGCCCAGCGACGACGUCAGCAACCACGUCGCCACCUAUACCGCUGGAACUUUGGAAGAAAUUGCAGCCGGGCGGAGCACGUGCUCGUUGUUCGCGGGAGUCUCUCCAUUCGGCUGCAACUGCGUAGUCUCGGAGUGGUCGCCGUGGACUGUGUGCGACAAGCAAUGCUCGCAGCGAACGGCGAAGCGCUUCAGGUCGAUUCAGCACGCCGAGGCCUUCAUCGAUCCCCAGGUCGACUGCCCGAGCCUGUUUGAAGAGCGUCCCUGCGCCGGCAGCAGCAAGAUCUUUCAGGUUGACUUGCCCACGGGUGUUUCUCUGGGCACUGAAGCUCAACGGCGCGCGCAGUUCGAAUACUGCUCGGCCGACCUCCUGGCCUCUCUGGCAAAGGUGCGUUUGAAGGAGAAGAAAAUCGCGGAGGAGAAAAGAGGCGACGGGGCGGAAGCGCACCAGAAAAGCAGGCCGGGCUGA